AUGGCGACAAUGGGAGGCAAACCCCCAACAGGUCUCCAGAUACACGCCACGGACGUAAACCCCAUGUUUCACGCUCAGCUGCAAGCCAAUCUCACCAACAAGCCCUCGUGGUCAGUCAAAAGUCAAGAGAAUGGACGCCUGCAACCUCGCCUUCGCAGACAACACCUUCGACAGCGCGAUGAGGCGAUGUGGGAUGAGGCGCUCGACUCUAUCGUGGAAGAGUUGCCUCGUAACGAGUGGGACAAGGUUAAGGGUAAAAUAUGCCCAAACAGUUACGGUAUAAAAGCUCUGCUUUUCUGA